AUGCCUAGUACUAGUGAAUAUGUGCCGGUUAAUUUAGAGGAACCUAGAAUGGUAGUUGAAUCUAGUGAUACAAUGCAAAUGGUAAACGAUGCAUUUCGUGAAAACAUCUCUUCAUUUAUAGAAGACGGAGAGAGAGUUGACGAACCAAAUUUAGAAGCAAGGAGAUUUUUUGAUAUGUUGGAUGCAGCUAAGCAUCCAAUAUAUGAGGGUUGUAAAAAAGAUCAUUCUCCUUUAUCGGCUGCAACUAGGAUGAUGACCAUAAAAUCAGAUUUUAAUUUGGCAGAAGACUGUGUAGAUGCAAUUGCUGAUUUUGUGAAAGAUUAUCUCCCCGAAGAUAAUAUGUGUCCAGCUUCUUACGACGAGGUCGAUAAACUUGUUUCGGGUCUAGGUUUGCCAUUUCAAAUGAUAGACGUUUGCAUCGACAACUGUAUGAUUUACUGGAAAGCCGAUGCGAACUACUUGGCAUGUAAAUUUUGUGGUAAACCCCGAUUUAAGGUCACUAGUGGAAGAGCUAAGGUUCCAUAUAAACGUAUGUGGUAUUUGCCAUUAGCUGAUAGGCUUAAAAUGUUAUAUCAAUCGGAACGCACAGCAAGUGCUAUGAGAUGGCAUAAAGAGCACUCAAGUGAAGGAGAAAUUGUGCAUCCCUCAGAUGCAAAAGCAUGGAAGCACUUUCAAUCAAUUUAUGAGGAAUUUGCAUCAGAGAGCAGAAACGUCUACCUCGGAUUAUGUACUGAUGGUUUCAACCCAUUUGGAAAACAUGGAAGGCAAUAUUCAUUAUGGCCAGUAAUUGUCACACCUUACAAUUUGCCCCCCUCUUUGUGCAUGAAACGAGAGUUUCUAUUUCUCACCAUACUUGUUCCUGGUCCAGAACAUCCCAAACGAUCUCUUGAUGUUUUCUUACAGCCGCUGAUUUAUGAGUUGCAAGAGUUAUGGGCAAAUGGUGUAGAAACAUUUGACAUUUCAUGCAGACAAAACUUCAAGAUGCAUGCAGUACUUAUGUGGACUAUCAGUGAUUUUCCUGCAUAUGGAAUGUUGUCUGGACGGACAACACAUGGAAGGUUAUCGUGUCCACAUUGUCAGGAUAGUACUGAUGCAUUUCAGUUGAAACAUGGAAGAAAGACGUGUUGGUUUGAUUGUCAUAGAAGAUUUCUACCGAGUUCACAUCCUUAUCGUCGAAGCCAGACAUUGUUUACAAAGGGAAAAGUUGUUCAUGAUCCACCACCACCAGAGUUAGAUGGUAACUAUUUAUUGAGGCAGCUUGGAGAUUUUGGGGCAGAUAUGACUGCUGAAUGCGGUGGAAAUGGGCAUGGCCUAGUCGAUGGUUAUGGAGAGUAUCAUAACUGGCAUAAAAAAAGUAUUUUUUAG